AUGCCAAGCCAGUAAAAGCCGCCGCAGCCAAUGCCAAACCAGUAUCCCCUGCAACAGCCAAUGCCAAGCCAGUAUCCCCUGCUGCAGCCAGUGCCAAGCCGGUACCAGUUUCUGCAGGCAGUGCCAAGCCAGUACCAGCUGAUUCCAAAACUCCAGAGAAAAAUAAUGAUUCCUCACCGUCUACGGACACAAAGAAAACCUGUGACCUUUGCAAGUGUGAUCUGCCAAAUGAGGAUGCAUACAAGAAGCACAUUGAGGAACCAAUGCACAAGGAGAGACUGGCCUUUCAAGAAAAGCUCAACAAGUCCAAGGCAGAGAAGGCAAAGGCUGCACUUGCUAAGGUCAAUUCCGAACUUGGUGUGGGGAAGAAAUUGGCUGUACCAAGGGAAAUCUCUGCAGCAAAUUCAAACACGAGCAGUGCGACCGCCUCUGUUACUGAUCAAAAGACAAUAGCCACUACUCCAACUACGUGGGAAAAAUCAGCAGCACAAGUGCAAAGGAAUUCUGCAUCAACCAUACCUAAAACAUCUGCAGUAGUUGAGCGCACUCUUUCUUCUGCUAAUGCUGCCCUAAAAAAUGCAAGAUCAGAUACUCCCAGUGCUGCUUUGUCUGCAAGUACACCAUUAUCUGCAUCAAAAUCUGUCCCUCCAGGAAACACAGCAAGCACAGUUUCUGCAAAAACCACGACAUCUGCUACACAGGAAUCGUCCAUGGACUGUAAAGGAGCCAUGAAGAAAUAUUGCCCAGAUUGUCAGAUUAGCUUGCCUAGCCUUGAGGCUUACAACAAACAUGUUCAAAGUAUCAUGCAUGAAAAUAAAGUUGCUGCAAACAAACGUCCAGAUAGAAGAUAUCCUGGUGGAGGAUCGGAUUCACGUCGUUCUGACUCCAGGGCUAACCGGUAUCCUGACUCCAGGGACAGUCGGUAUUCUGACUCCAGAGAUAACCGUCACUCUGACUCCAGGGAUAGCCGGCCUUCAGACUCCAGGGAUAGUCGGCACACAGAUUUCAUAGAUAGCCAGGGACUUGGCCAUUCUCCUAGUAGAGGACUGACUCCAACGAAUGUUGGCUCCAGGAUUCUCGAUAAUUCUGGUUCCAGGGCCCCUAGUAAUCAUGGUAAUGCUGGAUCUAGGGCCCAGAAUACAGCAUUUAUGAGACGGACAGGCAGCCCUGCCAUCAGAAACCAACCCCAUGGCCCCUCAGUCCCAGAAGAUAAGCAGUACUGCACUGCCUGUGAUAUCAGCCUGCCCAAUCAUGAGGCUUUCAUGAAACAUAUUGGAGGAAUUUUGCAUCAGGAAAGAGUAGGUGCCAAAUCUCGCAUGGACAAGCAGAAAGAUUUCCCAAAGUCGUCCUCAUCCAUCCAAUAUUUGUCACGUAAUUUUCCCGGCAGAUAUGACACAGUGGAGAACACAGGAGUGGCUCCUGGGCACAGAGGAGGGUAUCCAGACAAAGCCCCCAACCAUUGCGCCUUGUGUGACAUCCACUUCCACUCACGGGAGACUUAUGUGAAGCACACCAAAGGCCUGAUGCAUUUACAGAAGAUGAAGGCUACAGAAGUUACUGAAGCGAAACCUUUCACUAAAAUCAGCUAUGAAGAUUUCCUGGACGGAGGUGCUAAAGGUGAUGCUGGGAAAAAAAGGAAAGCUGAAGAAGACAUGAAAUUCUUUUGCAAGUUAUGUAAUACACAGUUGAUUUCUGGAAGCACGUUCAAAGCCCACAUGGAGAGACUUCAUCACAGGACAGGGUUACUUCCAACACCAGGGGAGGAUGAUAGAGCCAGUGAAAAGGUCAGUCGGCCAUCGUGUCUGAAAACGUUUGUGGAACAGUCAACAGAAGCUCUUUUAGGACUGAAGUAUGUGACGGAAUACCAGCACCCAACCCAUGACACCAUCCCUACCUUCCUCUGCCGACUCUGUGACAUAUCGUGUGACUACAACAACAUCAAGUCCCAUGUCGUCAGCUACAAACAUCGAAUCUUUUAUUUUAAAAAACACGAACCUAUGAUUGCGGAUGACAUCAAGAGGUUGGCAGGCAUAAAGCUGGGACAGGUGCCUAACCUGGAACAUUUUGCAAAAGAGGUUGAAUCAAAGGUCGGAAAAGGUCAAGUGGUGGUGAAGAUUGAUGAAAAGCUCUGCAACAGUGAAGUAUCAGAACCCAAAAAGAGCAGAUUAAAUCCCGCUUAUGAUCGUUAUGACAGCAGUUCUACAGCUGAUAAAGCCAGAUAUACCCAACAUGAUGACAGAAGUGGUGUUAGCAAACAGGGAUACGAUGGCUAUGGGGAAAGAAACAUUUCAAACAAGCAGAGAUAUGAUAGACAUGAAGGUCGAGCCCCAGCUGAAAGCCAGAGGUACGAUCCCUAUGAUGAUAGAAGUACUUUGGACAAGCAGAGAUAUGAUCCCUAUUUUGAUAGAAGUACUAUGGAUAAGCAGAAAUAUGAUCCCUAUGACAGAAGUACUUUGGACAAGCCGAAAUACGAUCCCUACAAUAGAAGUACUAUGGACAAGCCGAAAUACGAUCCCUACGAUAGAAGUACUUUGGACCAGCCGAAAUACGAUCCCUACGAUAGAAGUAAUUUGGACAAGUCGAAAUAUGAUCCCUACGAUAGAAGUAAUUUGGACAAGUCGAAAUACGAUCCCUACAAUAGAAGUACUUUGGACAAGCCGAAAUGUGAUCCCUAUGAUAGAAGUAAUUUGGACAAGCCUAAAUACGAUCCCUACAAUAGAAGUACUUUGGACAAGUCGAAAUACGAUCCCUACGAUAGAAGUAAUUUGGACAAGCCGAAAUAUGAUCCCUACGAUAGAAGUACUUUGGACCAGCCGAAAUACGAUCCCUACAAUAGAAGUAAUUUGGACAAACUGAAACACGAUCCCUACGAUAGAAGUAAUUUGGACAAGCCGAAAUAUGAUCCCUACGAUAGAAGUACUAUGGACAAGCCGAAACACGAUCCCUACGAUAGAAGUAAUUUGGACAAGCCGAAACAUGAUCCCUUCGAUAGAAGUACUUUGGACAAGCCGAAAUAUGAUCCCACUGAUGACAGGGCUCCAGUAGAAAGCCACAGAUACAGUCGUUACGAUGAUCGAGCCCAAGCUGAGGGUCAGAGAGUUGAUCAUUACGAUGAUAGAACUACGGCGGACAGAGCAAGGUAUGAUACGUAUGGUGAUAGAUACUCUUACAACAGGAAAUCCCCAGUUUCCAGAACUCCACAUGGUGACUAUGACAGGAGAGAGGAGGGUAACAAAUCACAGUACAGUCAUUAUGAUGACAGAGCUCAGUAUGACGACCGCCAAGAUUUAAACUCAGAUAGGGGUUGGGCGCACACAGAUUUGCGCUCCUCAGAUCCUUACACACCAAGCGAUCGUCGUGGACAAGAUGUUUCGCAGAUCAGCGAAAAGACAUUAGCCAUUCAGAAAGAGAACGAGUUACUGGCAGCCAUACUGGAGGCCGCGAAAUCUUCAGCCAGCAAAAACGUUAUGGGGCAUUCAGCAGAUCGGUCACCUGCCGCUGUGGGGACGGGCUCACCAUGGGCUGAAAACUCACCCCAUUCAUCCCGAGAAGCCAGAGGAGGUGAAGCUUACGAUCCAUUCGAACCAACAUCACCUGGUGCUGAAAGCCAUAGUUCACUCUCUAAGAGAGAUAUUUCUGUCUCUCGCUACUCUUACUCACCCAACCAGCAGCCAGCUAAGGAUCACUACAGUUACGGGCAACAUGCACAGCAUUCCAGGCCAGGAUUGUUUGGGCAGAUGGACAGAGAUCAGCGGUCAUCGUAUGACACCCAAGGCCAGGGUCAAGGCUACCAGGAUCAACAGCAGCAUUAUAGUAGCAGCAGCGGCCACAAACAGAGCAGUGUCCAGUAUUACAACGCCCUACCCCACCAGCAGACUGAUCGGGACAGGGGUCAUUACUAUGAUGACAGAGGUCAUCAGCAAGGUCACUACGAUCAGCAACAGCAGUACAACACAAGAGGUUAUCAACAAACUGAGCAUGGACAACAGCAACAACAUUAUGAUACACACAGGCAGCAACACGUAUCAUAUCACUCCCCUAUGUCUUAUUACCAACAUGGGACCCCACCAACUUAUCAAGGUUCCAGCCAUCCUGCUGGUGGCAACGGCGGACAAGGCCCAAUGAUGUCUAACAUGCUGUCUACAGUGAGUGGCUGCAUGGUGAGCAAUGAGGAAGAUGCAGCCGUAGCGCUACAAGUGUCCAGCACACUCACACAGGCCCUGCUACAGUACAAGAUACAGAGCUCCUCAGGGGAGGGCAAACCAUGCAUACCUGACCUUGCAACGUUAAAGGAGAGGAUGUCUAAACUUCAUGACCAGUGAGAGAGAAAGUCCUCUCAGUACAAGAUAUUCUUCCACGAUCAUCUUUUUUAUUCCUUGGACUUUGCACUCUCUGGACUGGACACCAUCACUGGUGUGUCUGUUAACUUUAGAUGAAGUCCAUGGUGUUAACAGGCUCCUGUGAGCUUAUCAUCUUCAUUAGUGUUCACUUUAUCUGAAAAUCCUGGAUAUUUUUCUGGUUUCUCUUGAUGUUGUCAUUUAUGUUAAAAGUGUUCCCUCAAGUUUGUGGUGUUAAGUGUUCCCUUAAGUUUGUGAUGUUAAGUGUUAAGUGUUCCCUUAAGUUUGUGAUGUUAAGUGUUCCCUCAAGUUUGUGGUGUUAAGUGUUCCCUUAAGUUUGUGGUGUAAAGUGUUCCCACAAGUUUGUGGUGUUAAGUGUUCCCCCAAGUUUGUGUUGUUAAGUGUUCCCACAAGUUUGUGGUGUUAGAUUGGCUCUCACCUGCAAUUAUGGGUCACACAUUGUCUGGAAAAUGUGUUAUUUAUGUCCAGAUUGUAGAGUGUAGCCUCAAGUUUCAUGCCUCGACUUCCCUGUCCUUCAUUUUAGAAGCAAGGUAAUAGUGAUAACAGUUUCAUGGAUACCAUGAAUUUCACUUCAGUUAAAAAUGUAAUCAUGUAGUUAAUCUUGUUUUAAUACUUUACUGUGUAAUGUGGCAUUCAUUUACUUGUAAACCAUGAAUGUUGCAAACAGUUUUAUGUCUCUCUUUACAAUAAGUUCAAAAUUGUCAAAUGCAGUAUAUUGAGUUUGUGGAGAACAGUGUACAGUCUGGUCCCUAGCAUACAUCUUCUGUGUGUUGUGGCGUACAAUGUACAGUCUGGUCCCCAGCAUACAUCCUCUGUGUGUUGUGGCAUACAAUGUACAGUCUGGUCCCCAGCAUACAUCCUCUGUGUGUUGUGGCGUACAAUGUACAGUCUGGUCCCCAGUAUACAACCUCUUUGUGUUGUGGCGUACAAUGUACAGUCUGGUCCCCAGCAUACAUCCUCUGUGUGUUGUGGCAUACAAUGUACAGUCUGGUCCCCAGCAUACAUCCUCUGUGUGUUGUGGCGUACAAUGUACAGUCUGGUCCCCAGUAUACAACCUCUGUGUGUUGUGGCGUACAAUGUACAGUCUGGUCCCCAGCAUACAUCCUCUGUGUGUUGUGGCGUACAAUGUACAGUCUGGUCCCCAGCAUACAUCCUCUGUGUGUUGUGGCGUACAAUGUACAGUCUGGUCCCCAGCAUACAUCCUCUGUGUGUUGUGGUGUACAAUGUACAGCCUGGUCCCCAGUGUACAACCUCUAUGUGUUGUGGCAUACAAUGUACUUCUCUAAUGAAGCUGGAAAUCUGACAGCUGUAGUGGGUGCACGAUGGAGACGUCCUCCAUGUACCAUGGGUGCAGUUGUGCCAUCCUUCAUGUACCACGAAGCAGUCCUCCAUGUACCAUGGGUGCAGGAUGAAGUAAUCCGCCAUGUACCGUGGUGCAGUUGUGCCAUCUUUUGUGUACCAUGGUUGCAAUUGUGCCGUCCUUCAUGUACUAUGGUUGCAAUUGUGCCAUCCUUCAU